GAUGCAGCUGCCUUUGGAAUCUCGAGGAUGGAAUCGCAAGGCAUGAAUCCUCAGAUGCUGGUCGUUCUCGAAACAACGACUGCCACGCUUUGUGCGUUGAGCUGCCGCGCAUCGCUAGCAAAUACGCCAGUUGGGUUCUUCCUCGGCGUUGGCGGCGCUUUCUCUAGUGAGGGUGCUAGCAAGGGCGCUGCUAAGACACAAGCACCUUCGGUAUAUUCGGGAACCUCCGGAGCCCUCUCCGUGGCGUCUGGUCGGGUGUCUUUCACGCUCGGGCUCUCGGGUCCAUGCCUGACACUGGACACGGCAUGCUCGUCGGCGCUUGUCGCCACCCAUCUGGGGGCCUCGGCUAUCAAGCUGGCCGAGUGUCCGCAGGCUGCAAUAACGGGCGUCGGCAUGUUGACGCAGGCGGUGUCGAUCGCUUUCUCGGCGGCAGGCAUGCUCUCCGCUUUUGGACGGUGCCACACGUUUGAUCGCCGCGGAGACGGAUACUGUCGCGGCGAAGGUUGCGCAGCUUUUUUACUGGACUGUGGUGCCUCUACCAAAGUUGCUGUCCUUGGCACGGCGGUGCACGCGAGCUUGACCGCGCCCAACGGAUCAUCGCAGAGACGAUUGGUUUCGACCGUGCGGGACAGCGAUACUGAAAACCGGGCUCUCGAAGCUCACGGCACGGGCACGGCGCUCGGAGAUCCGAUCGAAGUAGUCUACAGGUGUCAAACGCGUGGCCGAGCCAUUCGUCUUAGGUCGGGGCAGCUAUGGGAGCCUUGUGUGUGA